AAUGAUGGGGUCCGGGGCACCCUCAGCAAGUUUGCUGAGGAUCCCACGUGGGCCGGAGCUGCAGAGACACCAGAGGAUGACAUUGCACCCACGGGGACCUCGACAGGCUGGAGAAAGGGGCUGACAGAGCCUCUGGAAGUUCAACCAAGGCACAAGCAGAGUCCUUCCCCUGGGGAGCAAGAGCCCCAGGCAGCAGAACACACGUCCUGGGAAGCAGCUGUGCAGAGUGGGUCCUGCUGAGUGCGAUGCUGGCACAAGCCCACCAGCAGCAGGGACCGCCCUGGAAGGGAGCUGGGCAAACGCCGAGGUGUGCAGCCCGCUGCCGGGUGGGCUUUUGUCACAGGCUCUGUCUGUGUGGACGGGGGAGGUCGUGGCUGCGCCCUGAGUGUGCCCCUGGGAGCUCUGGGAUGUCACCAGAGUCACAAUCCCCCUAUGACAUCACCUGCAGCGGGUAACUGGAAAAGGCAGUGCUGGGCACUGCCAGCAGCACACAGACGAGGUCUGCGGGCAGCACCCGAGCCGUCGAGUACUGCCAGAGCACGCCAGACUGUGAGCCGUCAGUGGCCAAGGAGCCACAGUGAGUACACAGCGACUGAGGAGCCUCUGAGUCUUGACAGGGACUGAGGAGCCUCGGAGUGCCACCAGCGGCCAAGGAGCCUCCGAGUCCCGCAGUGGACGAGGGGGCUCCGAGUGCUGCCAGUGGAAGCCAAGCCUUUGAGUCCUUCCAGCAACACCCACCAAGUGCCAGCAGCAGCUGCGAAGACUCAAGGGCAGGAGCAGCAAUGGAGGAGGCCAGGCAUGAGGCAGCAGCGCCAGGAGCUGACAGGAGCUGCCUGAUCUGCCUGGGUGCCCUGGAGAGCCCUGCUGCCGUGGAGCCCUGCGGGCACAUCUUCUGCCGUGCCUGCAUCCAGGGCCGGGCCGCUGCCACCUGCCCGCUGUGCCGGGAGCCCAUCGGGGCCAUCCGCCUGCUGCAGGGGCAGGACAACCCUGCUGGGGUGGCCCCACGUCGCCGCCGUCGCCGCCUCCAUCCCUUCGUGCUGCGCUGGCUGCAGGAGCAGCAGCAGCGGCGGCAGGAGGAGCAGCAGCAGCCGCGGGGUCCUGGAGGUCGCCGUCGCCGGCGAUUCUCCGACGGGGAUAGGGAGCAGAGUCCCCCCGUGCCCCCGCGCCGUGUGCGGAGGGAAUUGGAAGAGCGGCUGCACAGGGUGCGGGAGGAAGAGCUGGCCUCGGGGGACUACGUGCGCCGCCUCCCCUUCAUCCCCUUUGAACCGGAGCCUCUGUGGGCCCCGUGAAUUAAAACCCCUCAGUAUUCCUACAUGAA